UUGCAGUCAUUGUUCAUGGACGAACAGACUCGGAUCUUGGAUCUUGGUCUUGCUGCAUUCUUUGCGUCCCAUUUCAUUUCGCUCGCUAGAAAACCAGACGAUCAUCGCCUUUUCUCAUACCAACUUGUAGUUCCCGCAGCCUCAACCUCUGUAUCCGAGCCAGUCUCGGUCCCUUCUCCUCUGUCCGCUCCAUCAAUCUGUAGUACGCGGCAUCAAUAUGCCUGAAGUUGAGGGUGGCGCGGUGCCGAGCCAGAGUAAAGGGUCCUGGUCGUCUUUCCUCAAGUCCAUUGCCUCCUUCAACGGUGAUCUCUCCUCCUUGACUGCCCCUGCCUUCAUCCUCUCGACUCAAUCCCUGGUCGAGUUCUCCGCAUACUGGGCUGAAAACACCUCGUUGUUCGUGGCGCCCACACAAGAGAGGGAUCCUGCGAAACGCGCCUUACUGGUGCUGAAAUGGCUCCUCAAUACACUCAAACAACAAUAUUGCUCCAGAUCAGAGAAGCUGGGCUCAGAGAAGAAACCGCUGAACCCUUUCCUGGGUGAACUGUUCCUGGGAUCGUGGGACGAUGAGUUUGGCCAGACUCGCCUGGUCUCCGAACAAGUCAGUCACCAUCCUCCGGUCACCGCCUACUGCAUCACCAAUGACAAGUAUCGCAUACGGUUGCAAGGAUACAAUGGACAGAAGGCCAGUUUUAGUAGGACAAUCCACGUCAAGCAGAUUGGACACGCGCUGUUGACCCUCUAUCCUCCUGGAAGCGACAAGCCUGAGACAUACUUGAUCACCUUGCCCGCAUUGCAUAUCGAGAAUCUCAUUUACGGCGCGCCAUUUGUCGAAUUGGGCAAGUUCAUCCAUAUCGUCUCAAGCAGUGGCUAUAUCUCCAAGAUAGAUUUCGCUGGCAGAGGUUGGCUAUCAGGCAAGAAGAACAGCUUCACAGCGGCAUUGUGGAAGGAAGGUGAAGGGUCCGAAAAGAAUCCCAUUUUUUCUGCAGAUGGACAAUGGUCUGAAACGUUCACACUGAAAGAGGGCGAGGGCAAGAGAGCGAAAGAAAUUGCUACCUUCACACCGAGCGACGUCAAGUUGGCCAAGCUGAAUGUUGCUCCAACUGAAGAGCAAGAUGUCUUCGAGAGCAGAAGGGCGUGGAGUAAUGUCGCGCGAAGUAUCGAGAAAGGAGACAUGGACGCCACAUCGCACUUCAAGUCCAGGAUUGAAAAUGCACAACGAGCUCUGCGCAAGAAGGAACAAGACGAAAAGCGCGAGUGGGAGAGAGUCUUCUUCUCACAGGCCAACCCCAAGGACGAGCUGGAAGUCACCUUCCAGAAUCUGGUCAAGGUGAUUACCAACCAGGGUCUCAGUAGCUGGGAGGGUAUUGCCCCCGACAAAACAGCUGGAGUUUGGAGAUUUGAUGACCAGAAGGCUGAUCGGGCGAAGAAGCCGUUCCAUCAGGAAGGACUUCUGGCAUUGGGUGAGAAUCCAGAUGGUACGUCUGCACCGGUGAGCAGAGUCAGCACGAACCAAAAUGCCAAAGCUGGUUGAGCUGGAGGACUGAGGACGCAUCAAUGACGACCUGCGCCAUCGUGGUAGAAGCAAGCAAAGGGACUAGAAGAGCAGAGAACCACGGACCUUGGAGUUGUAUUAUUAGCUUUUGAGUGCUCCGAGAUACGAACCGUAUGAUGUUUUAUCGUUAUGAGUUCGACCCAUCAUGUGU